AUGUCUUGGUGGAAGGAUCCUGAGUUGUUUUUGAGUUAUGUUACAGGUGAGCCUCGUUUAUAUAGGCUUAAGAAAAAAUUAGGCAGCCCUUUUCCAUUUAAAGAGUUCACUUACGAAGGGAGUAUAACAAAUCAGAAUUAUCUCUCUUUGAUUGACAACUCUUUUCCAUGGAGUAAGAGCGAUUUUGAAGCUUUGGGGGACUUUCUGUUCAGAAAUGACAUUAGAGUAAAUUGUCAGGGUUUGGUGGUUACCAUAACCUAUCCUCGAGAUAAAACUUUCAAGCCCAACCUGGUCGAGUGUGUUUAUUUCUGGUCACAUGAUGUAGUAAACCUGACUAACUAUGGUCUACCUCUUCGACCAGCUCCAUUUCGGGAUGUUCAGUACAUGGGAGAUCAAGGUUCUGCUCCAGUGGAAUCCAGUCCUAAGGAAGACAAAUUAGCGAAAGAUUUGGCUGCAUGUAUCAAAGCACGAGAUAAAGAGAAGUCGGAGAAACAAGCUUUGGAGAAAAUCGUUUCUAGCCUAAAAGCCGCCAAUGCCACUCUUAAUGACGAAGUACAGCGAGAGAAGGAUGACAAGAUCUCACUUAUCAAUAGUCUGGAUAAAGAAAAGAUUGAAAAGCAAGCUCUAUCAGAAAGCAUUAAUGUCCUAGAAGCAAAUAAUGCCGCUCUCAUUGAUGAAGUCAAAAGGGAAAAGGAUGAUAAGGUCGUCCUUAUGAAUGACUUGAAUCGAGAAAAUAUAGAAAAACAAGCACUAGAGAAAAGAGUAUGUGAUUUAGAAGCCAAGAAUACUACUCUGAAUGAUGAUUUGCAAAGGCAAAACGAUGAUUUGGAUCGGGAAAAAGCUGAGAAACAAGGUCUGGAAAAAAACAACUCCGACUUAGAAGCAACAAUAUCCAGACUCAAAGAAGAAGUCACAAAUGAAAAAGAUGACAAGAGCGCUCUAGUGAAUGAACUGGGUCGGGAACAGGUUGAGAAGCAAGGUCUACAAAAAAGAGUUGAAGACUUAGAAGCUACAAUUUCAACUCUAAUAGAUAAACUACAAAAAGAAAAGAUUGCUAAAAUUUGUCUCCUCAAUGAUUUGGAACGAGAAAAGGUUGAGAGACAAGCUCUGGUAAAUAACACUUCCGGCUCGGAAUCAAGAAAAUGUGUUCGUGGAGCUGCAGUGAAGAAGAAGAACAACGGUAAGACGACAUCUUUUAUCAAUGGUAGAGAUCAUCAGGACGAGGCCGACAACAUUACCGACUUGAAGGCAAAGGAUGAGGGGCAUGAUGCAUUAGAUAAAAACAUUUCAGACUUAUACUGGAAAAUCUCCAUACUCAAAGAUAAAGUGAAAAAAGAGAAAGAUGAUAAGAUAUCUCUUAUGAAUGAUCUAAACCGAGAAAAGAUUGAGAAACAAGUUAUGGAGAAGAGCAUUUGUGAUUUAGAAAUGAGAAAUUCUGCUCUCAAAGAAAAACUCAAAAAGGAAAAAGAUGAUAAAAUCUCUCUUAUCAAUGAUUUGGAUCGAGAAAAGGUAACGAAACAAGUUUUGGAAAAAAUGAUUUCUGACUUGGAAUCCAAAAUCUCUUGCAUCAAAGAUAAAGUGAAAAAAGAGAAAAAUGAUAAGAUUUCUGUUAUCAAUGAGUUAAAUCGAGAGAAGGCUGAGAAGCAAGCUCUAGAGAAAAGCAUUUCUGACUUGGAGUCGAGAAAUUCCAUCCUCAAAGAUAAAGUAAAGCAGGAGAAAGGAUAUAGUAUCGCUCUUAUGAAUGGGCUGGAUCGAGAAAAUGCUGUAAAACAAGCUUUAGAGAAAAUUAUUUCGGAUUUAGAAUCGAAAAACUCUACUAAAAGAAGUUCCGAGCAGUUUGAUGAACGAGAAGAAGAAACCUUUGCAUGA